AUGGCCGUCCCCCCCAAGUUCGCUGCUCACAAGCUAACCUUCGGCCCGCCCAAGUCCAUCGCGGACGGCAACCCGGCAGGCGGCGUCCCCUCGCAACCCCACACCCUCGAGCUCUACCUCGACUACGUCUGCCCCUUCUCGGCGAAGCAGUUCAACACCUUUUACAACGCCGUCGUCCCCGCCAUCCGCGCAAAUCCGGCCUGGGCGUCCAACGUCGAGGUCAUCUUCCGCCAACAGGUCCAGCCGUGGCACCCCUCGAGCACGCUCGUCCACGAGUCGGCCGUCGCCGUGAUCAAGGUCGCGCCGCACAAGUUCUGGGAGUACAGCGACGCGCUCUUCAAGGCGCAGAAGGACUACUUUGACGCAAACGUCGUCAACGAGCCGCGCAACGACACCUACCGCCGGCUGGCGAAGCUCGCGGGCUCCGUGGGCGUCGACGAGGACAAGGUGCUGCAGCUGCUGCUCGUGUCGGACAAGCCCGACAGCGAGGGCGCGCUGAACGUCGGCAACGGCGUCACCAACGACUUCAAGGUGCUCAUCAAGCUCGCGCGGCUGACGGGCGUGCACGUCAGCCCGACGGUGCUGUUUGACGGGUACCCGAACAACGAGAUCAGUUCUGGGUGGACGCUGGACCAGUGGAAGGAGUGGUUGCAGAAGAACAUUGUCUGA